AUGUACAACACCAUCCACAUCGAUGAAAAAUGGUUCUAUCUUACCAAAACCAAUGAUAGAUACUACCUCCUGCCCGAUGAGGAAGAACCACAUAGGACAUGCAAAUCAAAAAGGCAUAUUGAAAAAAUCAUGUUUAUGUGUGCUGCUGCGAGGCCGAUCAUUGAUGAAGAUGGCACAGUCAUAUUCGAUGGAAAGUUAGGCAUUUAUCCUUUCAUAACCACAGAGCCAGCACAAAGGAACUCGAAAAACAGAGUGAAAGGUACGCUGGAAGUUAAGGCAAUUGCAGCAAUCACUAAGCCCAUCAUUAGAGACUGCCUUAUAAAACAGAUGGUUCCUGACUUCAUGGCCAAGUGGCCGAAGACAUCAAGCAAGCACAUAUAUAUCCAACAAGAUAAUGCCAAACCACACAUUCAAGCAAAUGAUCCAGAGUUUCAAGCGGUUGCAAAUACUAAUGGAUUUAAAUUCCAAUUAGUAUGCCAGCCAGCUAAUUCACCGGAUACAAAUGUCAACGACCUCGGGUUUUUCAGAGCUAUUCAGAGCCUAAAAGAUCAAAAACCAGCCAAGAAUGUCGAGGAGUUACUAGAGAAUGUGAAAGCUGCGUACGAGGAAUACCCACCAGAGAAGCUCAACAAUGUUUUCCUAACCUUACAAGGCUGCUAUCAAGAGAUAAUCAAGUGUAAGGGUGGGAACAACUACAAGAUUCCACAUAUGAAUAAAGAAAGAUUGUCCAGGCAGGGGAUUUUACCACGAUGUAUUCAAGUUGAAGAAUCACUUGUCAAGGAAAGUCUAGAGUUCCUACAGAUGGAAUCAAGUGAAGAAGGCGAAAUUUUAAGGCUUGAAGAUGUCAUAGAAGGGCUGAAUGAAGUGUUACUUAUAGACUAGAAUUCUGUAGAAGCCUAUGUAAUUACAGGUGAAAAUGUUUACAAGGACAAACACCAUGCAUGUUUUUGGGGUGUUUGGAAUGUAAACUUUUUGUAGAUGUUGCCCUCAGACUUUAACAUCAUCACUGGGCUAUUACAAUUA